CUUUUUCCUAUUAAAACUGCGUUUAUGUGGUGCAUCAAAAUUUUCUCUUAAAGCUUUUAUUUUAAAGUGUAAAUACAUAUAAAGUUCUUAAUAAGAUUGGUGUAAGAAAUCUUUAAAUUAUGACACGAUGCUGUCGGGAUGAUAUUAAUUUAAAGAGUUCAGCUUAUAACCAAACUGGUCAAAGUUAUGUGGAUCAACUUUCUUUACACCGAUCUAUGUGUACCCAUUUGCGUCGUGUGCUUCUAGCAAAAAGUGUUGUUGACUCUAGAAAUCCAAAGUACAUAAAUGCGAUGCACAAUCGACACAAACCGUCAAGCUAUAAGUCCAAAUUUUUAGAAGAAUGUCCCUCCAAUGAAAUCAUUGAAAAAUUGACGUAUAACACUGAGCACCGCCCGUCUGAAAUAAUUAAAGUACACCCACAUAGGAAAAUGUCUUCUAAAGAACGAACGUAUAUUAAUGAUAGGAAUUGCCCUUGUUUACAAUUAAACAUUGCUAAAUCAAAAUACAUGCAUAAAAAAUCAGAAGACUACCAAAAUUAUAUGGAUCAAGAUAUAAAAGAUAUUGCUUCGAAAAGAUGGAAAUUUUCUAAAUCAAAGUAUGAAUCUUCUGCGUAUCGCAGCAAUAGACAACGAUCAAAGCACAAACCAGAAAAUUUUAUUUCCAUGUUACUGUGA